UCUUUGUGGUGGUGGACAACAGCUAUUUCUGUUCACUGUCAGGCUGUCAGCCGCGGAGCUAACUGCUGCCAAAGGCCUACUCACUGGCGUUAUUGGUUAUUCUGCACGCGCUAUAAAGAUCUAGAGCCUGGUUUGGUUUGAGUAAGAUGGUCGUUUUGACAAGUAACAAUGAAGGACAACAGGAUUAUAUCCUGAUAGAGGAGCGUAAAUGCACCUCCCUGCCCAACUCUCCAGCCAGGAGAGUUUCUCCCACCAAAAAGAAGCAGUUCUUUAUCAAUCAAGCCAUCCGUAACUCUGACCUCACUCCCCGAGCCAAAGGCAAGAAGAGCCUGCGCCGACAGGAGAACACACGUUUUCUUGCUAAUCUUCUUGAGAGGGAUGAGUGCUCCAAAGAUGAUCUGGAAGUUUGCAGUAACCCAGCGAUCCCAUCCAUCUUCACAGAAGCCUGCACCAAUGGAAACUACAUAGAGCCGUGGAAUGACUUCAUGAAUUGCUCCGGUGAGGAGCAGGAUAGGCUGCUGUCACUGCUGGAGCAGGAGGAGGCCAAGAAGAAAAACAAAGACGAGAGGAAUGUAAAUCUUGCCUUCAUUGCUCAGGACUGCUUCCAGAGAAUCGAUCGCAGGCUGCGAGCGACUCUUAAACGGAAACAAAUCCCCAUGGGAAUUCUGGAAGUACUCGAGGAAAACCUUGUGAGCUUCUUCAACACUCAACCUCACUCAGUUUACACAACCAACCUCGGCAGCAGCUUUGAGAGACUGCUGCUUCAUGCCGUCUGCCAGUAUAUGGACCUCGUCUCUGCAAGCACCGACUACAACGGGUCACGUCAGACUGAAGUGGUGAACAAACAAGAGGAGUUUCUGCCUCCUAGACCUCUGCUGUCCGUCUACUUGGAGCAGAUGAGCUGAGGUCAGGACCAAGACAUGUUUUCCGUUUCCUCGGCACAGCUCUGCUGCAGGCAGGGGCUCUGAGAGGUGUAGAUAAGGCUGUGUAAGUUGUCUGUGUAGUGUCUGCCAAGCUCAUAAAACAGAGCUGCUUACUUUUUCUCUGUUUGGUCUCUAGGAAAUUCUCCAUUAAUUGUAUCUUUAAAUGCAUCAGAGUUCAUCAACCCCC